GGCAUUGGUUUUUACCAGUAUUUUGGAGGACAUUCACCAAAUUCUUUAUGCGAAUAUUUCAACUUCUUAGUAGUUGCAAAUCCUAAGCAUAUAGGAAUUCUUGUUUUAAAACCAUGCAUCCCAGAGAGGAGGGCUUCACCUGGUUCAGUGGUGAUGGCACCAGAGUCUCUCGCAUAGAUUACCUUUUAUCACGUGACUGCCCACCAACCGAUGCUAGAUUGACACCUGUUUUCUUUUCCGAUCACGCAAUGCUAUCCUGCACCCUUUCACACUCGUCUGGUGUGACAACAGGAAGAGGUCUGUGGAAGCUCAACUGCUCCCUUUUAGAAGAUAGAGAGUUAGUUAGCCAAUAUAGGGAGCAGUACCAAGAGUGGCAGACCCUUCAAGACUUUUACGAGACACGUGCACGCUGGUGGGAAAUGGUGAAAGGGAGGACCCGGACUUUCUUUAGACAGAAGAGUGCUCUUAGACCUGGAGCGAGCCAUCUUUUACUUCCUGUGGGGCUCCAAGUGGGAACGACUGAGGAGAGACGUGAUGAAAAAGCCAAAGGAGAAAGGAGGAAAAAGAGUGCCGGACCUGUACUUGUUUUUAGGAAGCAGAUACACCGCACUACACAUCACAACCACCACAGCCCCAUCCAGAAACCCCAAGACCACAGCAAUGACACGUUUCUGGAUGGGGUCUUACCUCAGAACACUAAAGAUUUUACCCACUGAUCUUAGAGUACCUGUGUCUUUUAGCCUGCCACCAGCCUAUGCUUUUAUCCAGACAUUUUUAAAGCAUUUUAACCUUGAGCAGGAAGAGUUAGAAGUUUUAACCAACCACCGCUCUCUGAUUUCUGUUGUGCAGGAGCGGGAACCGGUGAGCCCAGUGCGCGGGCUUGCUUUCGACGAGCCCUCAACAGUUUGGCGUAACGUGAACCAUUCCGCUCUUCCAAACAGACUCCGGGACCUGUCGUGGAUGGUGGCUCACGAGAUCCUCCCAGUCAGGUCCGUAAUGCACUCCCGGGGCAUGUCAGCGCACUCAACUUGCCCCCGACCAGGUUGCGGCGCGCCUGAGACGGUGAGGCAUCUGCUCUGGGAGUGCAGCGCUGCCGUAGAACAGUGGGCAACGGCCGGCUCCUUGCAAUUCCCGUGCUUGCCAGCAAGGGAGGUCCUUACGGCACAGCUGGUGCUGUAUGGGGUGAGCCACAGAAAACAAAUACCAGCACGUGACUUUGCCAAACAGUGGCUCACCCUAGCCGCCAUAAAAGACGCCAUGUGGACCUCCAGAAACUUGCUGGUAAGGAAGCACAUGCAGAUCCCCCCCGUGGCUGUGAUCCGGAUGGCUGCAGCGAUGGCCCAAACGGCCAGAGCUGCAGGCGGCAGGCCUAGGACACAGCCACAAAGAAGAAUCGCCUCUGUGCCCAUUCGGACGAAGGAGCCGGAGCCACACGAAAAAAGUUCAAAGCAGCGGCGGCCUGACCCUCCGGGUGAGGCAGGUGGGAAGGAGCAACAGGGUGAGGGUCUCCUCUGAACGCCACGACAGGAUCCCGAGUGACGCAAUAUGUUUGGGGGAGCGAAAUGAGUUAUCCUUGGUAGGGACUCACUACGCUCCUGCACAGCAAUACACUUGGAAGAGAGCAUUUUAACCAAUGCACUCCCCUUUUAAAGACAUUUUAACAUGGACACUCAAUACACACAUACACAAGAUGAAAUAUAACCUUUUAUGUGUACCUUUAUCAUAUGACAACUUCCAUCUGUAAUUUAUAAAAAAGUUUUAAAUAUGGUUUUGCAAAUUGCACAUAUUGAUAAAGAUGUUGUAUUUUAUUUAUUUAUUUAUUUUUAUUAUUUUUUUUUCUAAGGGGAACUUGUAUGUCUUAAAUAUGUGAUGUAUUUUUUAUGAAAAAUGUAUGAAAUGAGUGUCAAUAAAUCUUUUCGAAAGAAAAAAAAAAUGAGAUCUUUAAGAUACAAUGGAGCCUGACCAUUAAGAGCUUUGUAGGUGAGUAGAAA